CCUUCAACCAGGCUGAACCACCACCGAGGCAGGCACGAUGGAUGCACGACAUGGCGUGGCUCUUUCGUCGUGCUCGACAAGAUCCGAUGAUGCAUCUCCCGCUGAAGAUCACUCGCAGCACCAAGCGCAUCGGCACUGGCACGGGAUGCAGCGAGGGAACCAAUGCAGCGACGCAAGCAUGGCGACGACAGCAUCAGCUGACGUGUGCAAAUGGAGGAGGAACAGGAGAACCAGCAUGAUGCCAAUGACGCCUUUGUUCGGCCUCCUUGCUGGCUUCUGUCACCUUCUCGUGUCGAGUGCAUUCACCCUGCUGCCCUUGGCGAGAGAUCCGAGGCGUUCAUGGCCUGCCAAUGCAGCUGUCAGACGACCCUCUGGCACUGCCCUGUCAGCCGAGGGCGUGCGGAAGAAGAGGCGGCACAGGAAGGGACCGGCCAUCAGCCCAAGCAGUCCCCGGUACCUCCUCACACAACAAGGCCGGCGCGCCAUGUCCAAGGACCGCAGCCUCCUCGUCAAGUCGGAGAUACACCGGGUCAGAAGGGCGCUGAGGGAACAGCGGGCAGCCAAGCUCGACUCAUCGUCGUCACUCCAAGAUCCUUCGCAGAAUGCACCGAGUCUGCCUUCGCUGGAGGAGAGGUCGGCGCCCGAGCGGCUGCAAAAGGUCAUCAGCCGGGCGGGCAUCGCGUCGCGUCGAGCGGCGGAGGAAAUGAUCCUCGACGGGAGGGUGCGUGUCAACGGGGUGGUGGUGACUGACCUGGGUGUCAAGGUGGACGCACUCGGCGACCGUGUGACUGUGGACGGGCGGAAGAUCGCCGUGCGGCCGCCGGAGGAAAUCAAGUGGAUUGCCGUGCACAAGCCAAAGGGAUACAUCUGCUCCAUGAAUGGUACGUUUGCAUAAAGUGGGGGAGGGGUGGCAUCAUGUGUCACCAUGUGGGUGUGGUGUUCCGUCGCCGUGCCUCUGUGCAGAUGACCGUGAUCGCAAGACGGUGAAGGAUCUCGUCCCAAUGGCUGAACGGCUCAGGUACUUGCCACAUAGGCAGCCGCCAUGCAAUCGGCCACUUUGCUCGUCAAUCUGUGUCUGUGUGGUUUGUGUGUUCCCUGGCUGACAGGUUACUGCCCGUCGGCCGUCUGGAUCGUGACAGCUCGGGCCUGCUGCUUCUCACAAACGACAACAAAUGGUCAGCCACAAACAGACCUCCUGAAACAGCUCAUAUGGCGGCUGCCAUCACUCCCCCCCCCCCCUCUCUCUCUCCCGUGUCUAUGUGUCAGGUUGCAUCCCCUCACCCACCCUUCGUAUGGCCAUCAGAAGCGCUACAUCGUUACUGUCGACAACGGCACACCCAAAUAGUGAGUGGCCGAGGAGGAAGGCAAGUGAACCUAAUUAUGCUCCAUCCCGUGUGGUCUCUUCUGUAACCCUUCAGCGAUGUUCUGAACGAGCUAGCCGAGGGGGUGCUGCUGCCCGGGGAGCGCACCAAGACGGCUCCCGUUUCAAUUGGGGUGUUCUUCGAACCAAAGACAUCUAGGAAAUCGGUGAGUGAGUGGCUGACUGGAUGGAUGGACGGCAACAUUUGUUGACGAGUGUGUGUCGAUCAGUUUGGGACUCUCGAGGUGACUCUGCGCGAAGGCCGCAACCGCCAGCUGAGAAGAAUGAUGGAGGUCAGUAUGCAGUCAAUGUGCUUGCGCAGACAUAUGUACAGCUGCUCAAGCAGCAGCUCACGCCUCCGUCGUACGUAUCAUGCCUCAGUUCAUCGGCCAUCCGGUGUUGAACAUCCGUCGAGUUGACUUCGGGCCCCUGACACUCAAGGGCAUCACCACACCUGGCCAGUGGCGGGAGCUCAAGCCCUCAGAGGUCUUCAUGCUCAAGCGGGCCGUCAUCACCCGAGCCAAAGCCAGAGAGAGGAUGCUGAGGAAGCAGAGGAAGGACGGCGAGACACAGACUGUCGCGGCCAAGGAGAUCAGUGGCCUUGUCGACGGCAACCGGAGGGCCGAUUGAACUGCUUGUUUGUGACAUGGUGUGGUGUGGUGGGUGUGGUGUGUUGGGUGUGGUACUGUGCAUUGAGUGGUACAGACGUCCGUGAC